AUGUAUCAUCCACUCUUCGCCUUCUCCCUCGCUCUCGUCGGCCUCACCGUCACCGCCACGCCCAUCUCCCUCGAUGCAUCGACUCUCGCCGCUUCGUUCCCCAUCCGCCAGCUGAGCGCGUCCGGUGUGCGCCCGAACAGCACUCUCCCGAGCAGCGAGUUUCGCGCGCUGGCAGCACGGCAAGAGUUCCCCGCCACCCUGCUCCUCUGCCAGCUCGUCAACUGCCAGGGCUGCACGUCGUUCCCUAUUCAAGGAGAGAUCGAGAACACCUGCAUUGCUCCGGGGUUCAUAUUCGACUCCGUCGCGAUCAGUCAGCCGAGCAACGAAGGCCUCACCGAUCUACUUUGCGACGUCGGCACCACCGGCUGCGCGUCGGCCAUUGCGCUCCCCGCUGUCAAUGUGUGCUUCAGCCUCAGCGGCGGUACUUUCGACGAGUUCGCAAUCGUGACUCCGUCGCCGACCACGGCAGCGACUAUCGAUAACGACAAGUUGGAACCCCUCUUCGCCUACACUGUCAACGCCACACCCGUCGUACCCGUUACGACGAACAUCGCCGCCUCAUUCCCCCGCUCCGCUCUCACCAUCUUCGGCAGCCCCCCGACAGGCAGCACUCUUCCGGGUCGCAACUUCACCAACGUUCAAUCACAGGGAGAGUUCCCCGCCGACAUACUUGUGUGCCCGGGCACCGCCUGCACAAACUGCUCGGUGUUCGCCCUGGAGGGCCGGCCGCUCGUAACCGACUGCUUCGGGACGACGAUAUUCAACUCGGUCGCGGUGUUUCAGUCGAGCAAUCAAGGGCUCCCGUUCUCCGUCCUCGUUGGGACACCCGGAUGCCAGCAGGUUACACAAGUUCCCGCCGUCAACGAGUGCUUCACCGUCGGGGGAGAGAUCGACGCAUUCAACUUUCGGACAGGUCUGCUCGCGGGGCAAGUGGGGCGCUGGGUCCGGAUAUCCCUAAUACUUGCGAUGGCUACAAUAACGAAGACAGAGGAUCGUCUGGCCAUCUUACCUCAGAAGGACGGAACGGGAUAUAGUACGCACAACUGGCAGAAGAUUUUCCAGUCACGCUCUCCCGGUAAGGCGACGUCUAUGGAAACUGCAGGAGCGAACGGGACGCUCCAUGCCAUUCGCCGGAAGCGAAUACCUUCCCGUAACGCGGGAGUGAGCAGGACAUUACUCUCUCGAGCAGCCAUUCUAGGCAUCGUGAAAGCUAGCGGCCGGAACCUCUUGAGCGGUAUUUCCAAGACAUCGCCUAGCACCGCAGGAAGAUCCGCAAUCCGGAAAUGGUUUCCUCACAGAGGUGCCGGUGAAGGCAACGUACGUUGCUCGCACUACAACUCGAACACUAGGUUCGGGAUCCACUCCAACAUCACACUCCCGCGUAAGGACAUCCCCGCGAUAAUCCGUGCGCGGCAGGACUCCCACGCGACUUUGCUUCUCUGCCCCUCCCCGAACUGCGUGAGCUGCUCUCCAGUCGACCUCGACAAACCCGAGUCCAAGUCUGUGUGCUACGGGGCGGGGAAAGAGCUCUCGUCGGUCGCCAUCUCUCAGCCGAGCAACGAGGGCCUCUCGUUCGCCAUCGCGGUCGGCACCCCGACUAUGGAGGAGUGGGCAUUCACCAAAAAGAUUUUACGCCGUCAGGAUUCAAUAUUCACGGGCGCGUCCUGCCAAUCAAACGUCGGCUUCGCCAAAGCCCUGAUUAAGCCGCGCACAGGCACCAUCGCUUUUUACAUGCGCCCGGACAGAACCGCAUGGAUAACAACUCCGCCUUCCCACUCGGCGUUAUCUCCCGUCAGGACUGUGUCGGCGGAGCCUGCUACGGCCAUCGAGUCUAGAGCUGCUGAUACCUCAUUAGAUGCAUACUAUGUAUAUCAUAUAGACAGUCUUCCCUCUGGGACGAACACUGGUAUACGCCUUACCACCCGGAACUCGAUGGGCUACUCCUUCGCCGCCAUCGCUCAAGUCGCUCUCCUCGCUCAGGCUGUCAUCGCCACCCCGGUAUCCACCGAGGUGUCCACAAUCGCCGGCCCCCUUCCCCUCGCCGAGCUCGACGCGUCCUCCCUCGGGUCUCCCAGCGUCGCGCUCCCACUCGGCACCCUACGCCCGAGCGUGGGGCCACACCCAGACGAGAUCGACAUCGUGUUGCUCCUCUGCAGGCUGUCGGGCUGUCAAGACUGCAACCUCGUCGACCUCAUGGGACUCAACGCGGAUACAUGCUUCGCGCAGAACUUCCAGUUCGUCUCUGCAGCCGUCAUUCAGCCGAAUGCGGACACCCUCCCGGUCAACACGACGGUAUGCACGGCCGGGUGCACACAGUGCCUCGCUCUCCCGGCACUCAACACAUGUUUCAACGUCGCUGGCUCCACAUUCCAAGCCUUUGCUCUUCUUAUCUGA